GCUCACCGCAUUUUUCCUUCUCUUCUGUUUUCUGCAUUUUCCGAUUAGGGUUUUCCUUUUUCCCUAAAGUUGCACCUUGCACCAACUACUCUUUCAUUAGGUUCUUUCGUUUUAAUCAUUUUUUCUUUCCAAUCCGAUCCUCUAAAUUCAAAUUGCGAUAUCUACGGUGCCCGCAAAACCCCAAAUUCAAAACCUUUUUCUCCUUUCCAUGGCUUCUCGGGGAGCUAGCGUGGUACUUUCAAGGGCCAACAGAAUAAAGUCGAAGCUGCAAACGGCGCUAGAAGCCACCGUCUUGGAGGUAGACGACGUGUCGUAUCAGCACGCCGGACACGCCGCCGUUAAAGGAAACUCCGAUAACGAGACUCAUUUCAACGUGAAGAUCGUUUCCCCAAAAUUCGAUGGGCAGAGCCUCGUAAAACGACACCGUAUGGUGUACGACCUCCUCGCCGACGAGCUCCAAUCAGGGUUGCACGCUAUCUCCAUCGUCGCCAAGACACCCCAGGAAACCACCGGCGCCAAAUAAUGCGAAAGUUCCAAGCUUUUGAAGGGGUGAGUGCCCAAAGUUUGAAUCUUGUCCCUCUUUUAUGCUAACCCGUUUAAAUUUAGGCUAUUGAUAUAAUCAAAGCUUGAGGCUUUAGUGUUGAUGUAAUAUCUUAUUGUUCAAUAAAUCAAUAAUUGGAGUGAAAGCUUAACAGAAUAAGCUUAGUUGAUACUUA